AUGUCUGUCCAAGCCUUUGGCGCCUUCAUCACCCACGAAAGCGGCCCUACCCCUGGCCUUAGUGGACCGGCCGCCGUUGUACACAAAGACAGUAUAACCAGUGUGACACCUGCUGAGCAUGAGUUUGACGAGCUGCAAUGGGGCCGCCGGCUCAAUGGACCACGGACUGCAUCUUCACGAAAUGCGUCACCAACAGGACGGGCAGUUCCUCUGACACCUGACGAACUCGAGCGCAGUCAGCCAGCUACCCCGAAGCGAGAUCAUGCCGUUGACGCCAUCGUGCACUCCGCCUCGAAUCCACCACGAAAUCGAUGGCGACUGGCAGCUUCCUGUGUCAUGUUCUUCGUCAUGGGGCUCAAUGACGCCGCCACUGGUGCAUUGAUUCCUUACCUGGAGGAGGAAUACAGCAUUGGUUAUGCCAUUGUGUCCUUGAUCUUCAUCACAAAUGCUCUAGGAUUCAUCUCGGUGACACCGUUCAUCCAGCGGGUCGAAGCUCGGCUUGGCCGUUCUCGCUGCUACCUGGUCGCGACCGCAAUGAUGAGCGCCGGUUACAUUGCCAUUGUCUGUACUCCACCAUUUCCAGUUGUCGUUCUCAGCUUCUACUUUCUCGGGUGCGGAAUGGGGGUGUUCUUAGCCAUGACAAACACAUUUAUUGUGAACUUGGUCAAUGGCACUGUCAUUCUGGGCUUCUGCCACGGUCUUUACGGAUUGGGCGGCAUCGUAUCUCCCCUGAUAGCUACAAACAUGGUCUCCAGCGGUAUUCAUUGGGCUUAUUUCUACUUUAUCCCCCUCAGCCUCGCCGUGUUCUCGUUCUUCUUCAUGGGAUGGUCAUUCCUGGGCUUUGAAAAGGACGCUGCGGUCCAGCUACUCUCAUCUCUUCAACGCACUGCUUCACGGCAAGCCACUACGCGGGGAGAGCCCACAAAAAAGCUGGUUCUUAGAAAGGCUGUCAGAAGCAAGACAACUCUUCUUGGUGCGGUUUUCAUAUUCUUCUACCAAGGCGCUGAGGUGGCCAUCUCUGGAUGGGUUAUCUCAUACCUCAUCCACUACCGGCGUGGCGAUCCGUCCCAUGUCGGUAAUGUCACAUCAGGUUUCUGGGGGGGCAUCACUGUGGGCAGAUUCAUCCUGACUCACUUUGCUCAAAAGAUCGGCGAGAAAGUGGCCGUGGUUGUCCUGAUCAUCGGAGCAGCCGUCUGUCAACUCCUCGUCUGGCUGGUACCAAAUAUCGUAGGGAACGCCGUGGCCGAGUCCAUUGUUGGCCUGUUCUUGGGGCCAAUCUACCCAUGUGCUACUGCCAUCUUUGCCAGAUUAUUGCCCCGGGACAUUCAGAUCAGCAGCCUGUCAGUUGUGACGUCGAUGGGCAGCUCUGGUGGCGCCCUAGUACCUUUCAUCACUGGUAUAUUGGCUCAGAAACUGAGCACUGUUGUCCUUCAUCCGGUGGUUCUGAUCUCGUUUGGGGCAAUGACAAUGACGUGGCUCCUGCUGCCACGCAUCGGGAAGAGGGCGGAAUAG